GGCCGGGAGGCGGGAGGAGAAGGAGGAGGAGGGCAAGCAGGGCCGCGGCGGGGCUCGGCCCCGACUCUGACCGGGGGAGGCCGAAAGCCGCGGCCGGGUGGGCCCCGCCGUCCCCUCCGCCUCCCCGGGCGGAUCCCAGCGGGGCCCGGCAGCGGCGGCGGGGCCGGCGCUGUGGGCAGCGGGGCCGCGGCUGCCUCCCGGCGCCGAGCGGAACGCAGCGGAGGGACCCGGGCCUGGCCGCCCCCAGCGCAGGCCGCCCCAGCCGCCGGGGCCGCCUCGACGUUUGAGGGCAUCGGUUGGGUACGGAUCUCCAAGAUGCCCGUCAAUGUUGAUGAGGUGUUGGAACUGUUGUCCCACCUCUCGGAGGAGAAGGGGAUGAAAGCUGCUGUAAAAAAUUCUGCUCAAGGAGCACUGCUGGCAGGUGCAACAGCAUUUCUUGGGGGGCUGAUGGGAGGUCCACCUGGAAUUGCUGUAGGAGGAGCAUGUGGUGGAUUGAUUGGUGCCUGGAUGACUGCUGGAAAGUUCAAGCCAGUCCCUCAGAUUUUAUUGGAAUUGCCUCCUGCUGAGAAGCAAAAACUCUAUGAUAAAGCCAUUGUUAUUCUCAACCACUUAGACUGGACUGAUAUUGCGCAGCUGACAGCUCUUGUAAUGGGAAAUGCUGGCCUCCAGGAGAAGUUGUUAUCAGUGCUGAUAAAUUACCUCUCCACAGAGCUAAGAGCAGAGAUACAGUAUGGAGAAUGAACCUUUACAGAGCAGAAUUUUUACAGUGUAAUGAAUAUUAUUCUGAGAAUUGGGAUUCUUCAACACAGAAAUUAUUAGUUAUCACUACUAAUUAUGAAUGUAGGCAGAUCUAAGUAUUGUUCCGUUGACAGUGAUUGCUUGGGUUUUUUUGUUAAGGAUAGUAUUGCAUUACUGCCUUGUCCUGACACUGCCUUGGCAAUGACUGCACUAGAACUGAACUCGAAAUCACUGAAGGGAAUUAUGCUUCUCUUACGCUAAUGUAUCACUGGUUAAAAUUUUCAAAUCUUUGUGUUUUAGUGAGGAGAUUUCAUCCUCUUUGUGGUAGUGCUGUGAAUUUCUUCUGUGAAUGAUAUCUAGGUGCCAAAGUAGUCGGAGUCGGAGCACUUUGAAGACUUUUACCUACUCUCUGUUUCAGUCCUGGAAAGGACAGUUCCAGGAAAGUACGUUACUGUACUGUGAACUCAAAGAUGUCCAUCCUUACCUUAAUCUUUGUCCCAUUUCACUUGUAAUUCUUGAGUUAUGCAUUCCUUUCUGUAAGAAGUGAAGCCAAUGCCUAAACAAGAUUCAAAGCAACAGGUAAACCAACAGUACACAAUUAGUAGUUCCGGGUGUCCUAGAAUGGGAAUGCAUGACAGGAAUACUCUUUUAAAAACACUAAAAACUGGGGAGCUGACUCUGCUGUGUUUGCACUGUCCCUAGGACUAGGGUUGUCAUUUCAGCAUUGGUUUCCUGGGUGAAUCUGAACAUCUGGUCCUUUGUUUUCAUUAAAGUGUUCAUAAGAAGCA